ACUCUACUACGAGGUGGGCCUCUCUCUCUCUCUCCGCUGGUCGCUGUAAAUGUCGGCGAAACCGCUCGAUUGCGCCAACCCGGUGUGCGGCUCGAAGCUUGACCUGUUCAGCAAAGCGCUGCGCGCGUCGUCCUCGUCUGCGUCCGCGGCGGAGGAGGCUCCGCGCGCGUGUCCCGUGGACCGCGACGAGCUCGGCCGCGCAACGUGGGCGCUGCUGCACACCACGGCCGCUUACUUCCCCGAGACGCCGAGCGCCGCGGAUCGGGCCGGCGCGGCGGACCUCGUGCGCGGCCUCGCGGCGUCGUACCCGUGCGAGCACUGCCGCGCGGACUUCCGCGUCGCAGUCGCCGCCGCGCCGCCCGACCUCAGCUCGCGCGCCGCGUUCGCCGCGUGGGCCUGUCGCCAGUCGGCGCGCCGGCGUCCGCCGCCCCCCUUGACGUCACGCCGCAACCCCGUGCGCAGACACAACGUCGUCAACGCGAAGCUCGGCAAAGUGAUCUUCGACUGCGACGCCGCAUCGUUGGACCGACGGUGGCGCGUCGGCGAUCCGGGCUGCUGGCCCGCGGGCGAUGCGACCGCCGCGGAGAGCCUCGGCCGCGAUUGAGGACGCAGAUGAAGAGGUGGAACAUUGUGGGCUGUAGCUCCAUGCUAUCGCGCGACGCGAGUCGAAGACUCGGCCGGGCUCGUGGCAAUGCCAAACCGAAGCGUUGAAUCUGAGCAGAGCUUCAAUACGAUACUAUCGGAGUGAAGGCGACCGGGCUGGGAACGUUGGCCCGGGUAGACGUAUCCUAAGGACGCUCGGAGCCUCCGACAUUGUUUACUAGGGAGGUAUCUUGGCCUGCCAGUGCCAUGUUUUGAAUUUUGCCCCGAAGCUCAGAGGGGAGAUCAAGGUCGAUUUGACUUUUGAAACAAAAUCCCGAGUCGGAAAUCGUUUGUUCAGAAAUUGAACCCCAGGCGGUUUGUGAUGGAGUGCCAAAAGCAUUGUGCACCGCGCCACGAAACGCGACUGGCGCGACGUUCGCGUUCCACUACGAGCUCGCAGAAUUGUCAGAUCCUAACAUAGCCGGUUUAAUCGGGCCCAGUGCCCGGCCUCAGGCUCGUAAACCAGCUUAAUUCGAGCAAUACGGCCGGGAUCUUGAUUCGGCGCCCCAUGGUUAGGCGAACUCGAAGAAUCCUCCGGGUCGGCAGCGUACUAUGUAAACACUGUUAAAACACAACAGGCC